AAGGAUAGGACCAGCCUUGAAGCACAUUCACAAUAAAGAAUUUUAAAAUAUACACAUACAUUAAAAAGUACCCUGCAUUCACUAUAUCCAGUCUCCCCGGACCCUGCAUUCACUAUAUGUGGUCUCCCUGGACCCUGCAUUCACUAUAUCUGGUCUCCCCAGACCCUGCAUUCACUAUAUCUGGUCUCCCCGGACCCUGCAUUCACUAUAUCUGGUCUCCCCGGACCCUGCAUUCACUAUAUCUGGUCUCCCCGGACCCUGCAUUCACUAUAUCUGGUCUCCCCGGACCCUGCAUUCACUAUAUCUGGUCUCCCACAGUACACAGAACAUGGAAGUGCAAUUAUUUUAGUAAACAAACCAUCCACACACAAAAUUCAGAACAUGAGCACAAUAAAGCCUCCAUGUUGGAAGAAUUUAAUCAUCUUGGAAAUCCCCAAUAUACUUGUCCAAAAAUU